UGCAUUGUUUAUUAGACUGUUUGCUGCAAGCCCUAACUGAUAUUGUACUUUGAUUUUGGAUAGCCCUUUACUGACGUGUCUGUCUUUUACCCGUUUAUUAAAGACUGCAAAUGGAUCUCUCGACAAGUUCUGAGUCAUCAUUACAACUGAAGUCUUUUGACACAAUCUAUUAUAUUACAAUUACAUUGCAUUACAAUGUAUUGAACACACGUCUAACACUUACUGCCUAUCUUCACUCUUAUCAAAAUUAUAUCUGUGGCACUAGCUUAACUAAGGUCUGUAGACUGUAGAAAUGAAUUGUAAACUGGGACUGUCGUACGUUAUCUGUGACAGCAAUUUAACUGUAAUAUCACGUUGAGGUAUGGAACGCAUAAUUUUUUUCUAAUGUCAAUUUCUAGAAAAGAAGUAUAACAUGUCAAGGUAUAAUAAGGGUAGAUGUGAGAAUAUAAUGUUUAUUUUAAAAUGUGUUUUAUUUAAAUCUAAAAAUAAAUUAAUAAAUUAACAAUUACCUGGACAAGGCUAUUAUAUUCUUCUUUUUUUUGUGAAUAUUUUCUCAUCUUUUGUUUUUGUAAUUUUACUUUCACUCAACCAUGCAAACCAGGAAGCAGCUUCAGAUGUGUGUGAUGUGUUCAAUAGUGAGAAACUCAUCCACUUCCCGCUCUUCAAAAAAUGCAGAUAAUACAGCGGCCUCAUUCAUGAAAUGACUCUUCAGCCCUUUCUGGAAUCUGCUCGACUCCGUGAGAACAGCAGAAACAACAAUCACAACCAACCGGGUGAAGAAGGAUGAAGAAAAAAAGCUGCAAGAAAUCACGCCAGAUCAGGUCGUCCUCCAUCUGCAGCUCCAAGAGAAAGAAACAAGCUAAAAGCAAAAACUGCCUCCAAUCGUCUUCAAGUCAAUCCCGACUUCCUGUUACGUGUGGAUAUAAAGAGGGGUUACUGGAUUUGAAGAAAUAUUAUAAAAGGCAAAAGUGCAUCUUAAGUGAAGACCGCUGGUUUACGCCCACUGAGUUUGAGAGGUUUGGGAGAAAGGAGAAAAACAAAAAGUGGAGGACCAGCAUCCUUUGCAAAGGGAUUACACUCCAGAAACUCAUAGAGGAUGGAUUUCUUUUACCUAAAACCUUUAUGAAAGGCAGGAUUCAUGGUGAAAAGCAGAAGAAAAGGCCAGAGGUUUUGCAGCAGCAGGUAGUGUUAGAAUCAGCUGAGAAGAGUAAUGGCAGUCAAGGAGAGGAUGACGAUGAUAUUGACAUGACCAAGUUCGAAGGUGCGACAUUACCUGUGGCCUGCGGUUCAAACUCUGGUGUCCUACACAAGUGCCGCUUUGCUGGAGAGCGUUGUGGGAGAUGCAUAAGAACAGAGAACUCCUGGUUGACGCCUGAGGGUUUCAUCAAAUUGAACAAGCCAGAUGGAAUAUGGAGGAAAGACAUUGUUUCCAAUGGAGUUCCUCUCGGAAGACUUAUAAAGAAAAAGGUUUUGGAACUACAUACAAUCAACUGUGACUGUGAGAUCUGCCAAGAACUGGAUCAGCACCUCAAUGAUGAUGUGUGUUUUGUGUGCAACUCUGAGGGAAAUCUGGUGUGUUGUGAUGAAUGUCCACGAGCGUUUCAUCACCACUGUCACCUACCAGCUGUGCCUGAAGAUUCAUCUGGCAAGUGGAGCUGCAUAAUUUGUGUGCUGAAGAAUAUGAAAGGUUCCAGUCAAAAGAACCAACAGGAUAUUAUGAGCAGUCCAGUUUCUCAGUACACACAGCACUGCCAGUGUCUGCUGUUACACCUGCUGCGUGAGUGCAUGACUGACCCCUGCACCAAUAUUCCCGGAGGCAGUGAGAACAUUUGUGGUCCCAUGAUGCUGGGCAGAGUCAAACAGAAUUUGGAGAAUAAUAAUUGUCCGACGGUGCAAGUGUUUGUCUCAGAUAUUGAAUAUGUCUUCCACCACUGCACCUCCAAAAGGGAUAAUGACUUCAGCAGAAUGAUGUCUAGACUCAUGGAGCUGCUUGAAACCAUCUUUAAACCUUAACGUUUGUGUGUUUUGUACAGAAAUUACAGGGGGAAUAAAGAGCAAUAUGUAUGCAUCAU